CUUGGUUCCUUCUCAGUCUCCAGCUAUAUUUUCUGUGUGGUUUGUGGUCUAUGAGCUUCGUAGUCCCACGUCUGCUGCUUUUUGUUCCCACUCUUAGUUAAUUUCGAGUGAAAGCCUUAUUUUUUCUGUAUUUAAUGGGAGCUUAGCUAUCCGUUAGUUUAUGUCUUGUUGUGUUUGCCUUUAUAUUUUCUUUUGGGUUCGAAGAAGUGUUUUUUGCUUUGGACUCUGGUCUUUACACCGCAUGUCGAGACUCUGGUCUUUGUAGCUAAGUUUUUGUUUCCCCUGCUAGUGAUCACUAUGACCGUUUCAAAAACUUCUUUUUAAUUAUAGUCGUUAAUCAAGUCCAAUCAUGAUAGUAAAAAAGACAAAAAAAAUUCAAACGGUAAAAAAAUCAUACUGUAUUGAAGAAAGGAGAAAAUUAAAAUCAAGGGAUUUAAAGAAAAGUGGAGUUUGGUUUAGUGUUCCCUCUCGUUCGAACAAACAACACACACACACUUCCCGUAAAAGUCUCUCUCUCUAUCGCAGAUAGGUGCCUCGUCUCCUUCUUCGAUAACUCCGAUUACCUCAAAAAAAAAAAAAAAAAACGUUUCCUUUCGUUCAAAGCAUCUCUCUUUGAUUAAACAAACCGCUUCUUCUUAGUUUUUGCUACAUUAUUAUUAUAUCAUCGCGUUUUGAGAUUGGGAAGCUUGUGGCAAUGAUGUAAUUGAGAGAUAAGAAGAUGGGAUCUGGGCGGAGCAAAUCAUGCCGAGGCUCGGCGAGAGAAGAUUCUGAACCUCGGAGUAGUAAUGGUGGUGGAAGGAGGAGAAAACCAAUGAGUCUCCUUUGUUCUCUUCACUCUUCUUGCCUUGCUUCUUCUUCUUCUACUUCUCACGAUAGUGACGAUGACGUUGAUCAACAGGCAUGUAACGGAAGAAGAAUAGAAUCUAUGAAUCAAGGAGACUGCUAUGUUGCUGAAGAACUGAAGAAGCCUGAAAACGAGCUUGAGCUUGAGCUUGAUGAUGAUUGUAGUGUUGUUGUUGGAGAAGAAGAAGAAGUAAGAAAUGUUGGAGGUUCUUCGGUUCAAGAACCAUCUUCAACUCCUCCAAGUCGUGUUUUUUCGCAUUUCAAGUUCCUUCCUGGUAACAUAAGCUCUAGACUCAGCAGAGCUUCAAGCUCUAGAUCCUUCAACACUACUUCACAACCUGCUCCUAGCCUCACUGAGUCUCCGAGAAUCCCUGACAAUGUUGUUAGAGACAUGAGAUAUGGAGAUGAUGAUGAUACUUCUUCUUCCAGAGUAGUUAAUGGUGUGGAAAGACAAGUUGUUGUUCGUGAACCUUCCGUUGACCGGAAUGUUAGUUUUAGCAGAACCUUGAGUGUUGGAAGACUCCGUGACAGAGUUCUUCGUCGUUCUUCGCUCUCUGAUUUCACAUUCCGUCCUUCACAUCAGGGAGAAGAUGAUAUUGAUCUCUUCUCUGCUGAUAACUCAGCAGCAGAGGAUGCUCCUGUGACUUCAACUUCUCUACUAAACCGUUCUGCUUCUAGCAUAAGAAGGACGUUAUUCGGAACUCAAGAUCAACAGACGCCGAGUCCUCUGGUUAGAGAAGGGAGGUAUCAAGGUUUAUUAGAACACCGGUCAGAUUUCCUUGAGAGAAGGAGGAGAAUAAGAUCUCAGGUUCGUGCUCUUCAAAGAUUGGGAAGCAGGUUUGAGAGUGUCACAGGCCAUCAUGAUAGAGCUUGUGUCUUAUCAGGUCUAGAUCAAGCAGGUCGUUGCACAUGUCGUGCUGGUACUAACCGUGGUUCCGCAACAACAACAUCAACAACCGAUGAAACAAAUGCAAGAGCUAGCAUCUCAAGGAUAGUAUUGCUGGCUGAAGCUCUCUUUGAGGUUCUUGAUGAAAUUCAUCAGCAAUCUGUUGUAUUAUCCUCUCAACAACCAUCAGUAUCAUCAAUAGGAUCUGUUCCUGCACCUAACGAUGUUGUGGACUUAUUACCUGUAAAACAGUAUACUAAAUCACAAAACGAAGAUUCAUCACAAUGUUAUAUAUGUCUUGUGGAGUAUGAAGAAGGAGACACUAUAAGGACACUUCCUUGUCAUCAUGAAUUCCAUAGAACAUGUGUGGAUAAAUGGCUUAAAGAGAUUCACAGAGUAUGUCCGCUAUGUCGUGGAGACAUUUGUAGACAUGACCUAUCACCUGAACUACAUUGAUUACAGUCUGUGAGUUUCAGAUUCUGCAAGACUAAGAACAUUCAUUUGUUUUUGUCUGGAACUGAAUCAAAAAUGUUGUAUUUUUGCUUGUUGUUUGUAGCUUUCAAUUGAAAACAACAAAUUUCAAACUUCCUGUAUUUUAAACUUCUGUAUUUAAUUGAUAAAUCUACUGAUGUUGUGUUUCAUGAGCAUCUUUGCCUUGCAACUUUUGUGAUAUCUAUAAUAGAUGUGAAGUUUGAUCCAAUGUAUUUUUUUAAAAGUAGCAAAAUCUCUAAUUAUAGAGUAAAAAUAGAGAAUUUCUGGAUGGUUGAAGAUAAGGCAGAGCCACUCAUGGAUUUGGCGAGCUCUUGUGUCUCUG